GAAGGAAGCGCGGAUAGAGAGAGAGAGAGAGAGGAGAGGCAGAGAAAGGGGCCUGGCUCGUCGUGCCUCUGCCGCGCUUGUCUUCGCCUCCUCAGCAGCAGCAGGAGCAGCUACACGGCCUCCUGUCCUGAGGGAGCAGAAGCUGCACGCUGAAGAAUUGGGUGUUCAUGAUAACAUGUCCAAUGUUUCCGUGGAUAGAAGCAUCAGACUGCAGGAGAUUAAGAAAGGGCUGCAGUUUAUACAGUCUACUUUACCUUACCCAGGGACUCAAGAACAAUAUGAGAUAUUUAUACGAGAGCUUGUUAAAAAUCUGUUUAACGAAGGAAACGAUGAGUACCGUGAAGGCAAGUGGGAAGGAUCGCUGAACCACUACUCAGAAGCCUUAAACAUAGCAGAUUAUGCCAAUUCUGAAGGGAUUCACAUUUCUGACGAAAUAUUAGAGAAGCUGCAUGUUAAUCGCAUAGCAUGUUAUUCAAAGAAGGGCUUGCAUGAUAAAGUUUUGGAAGAUUGUGGGAUAGUUUUAAAACUGAACGAAAACAAUUUCAGAGCUCUCUACCGGAAAUCUAAAGCCUUAAAAGAAUUGGGAAGAUACAAGGAGGCUUAUGAUGCAGUUGCCAAGUGCUCUCUCGCAGUGCCGCAAGAUGAAAGUGUAAUAAAAUUAACCCAAGAACUUGCUCAGAAACUUGGAUUAAAAAUAAGAAAAGCCUACGUUAGAGCAAAACCUUCCCCAAACCCUGUUUCUGGAGAAGUAUCAAGUAAGAGUUCAAAUACUUCUAUAGAAGAUAUUGAAUCAGAUUUUUCCAAUUGGAAGGAAAAGAUUCUUUCUUCCUCCUCCUCCCCUUCCAGUUUUACACCUGAAGUUUCAAGCGAUCUGUCUCCAUUGCCAAUGGCGUCUCUGAUCCCCCUUCCAGCUGAGAAGAGUUCACUCGCUGCCACCUCGCUGGCAAAUGGAGGAUCUUUCAUUGUACCUGAAGUCUGUUUAGACUGCAUGGAUGGAGAUGAUAUAAUUGGAGAUGAGCUAGAUGAGUUGCUUGAUUCCGUUUCUGAUUCUGGGGAAAGUGUCAUGCCCAGCACGGUUGUCCGAGGAGCCAUCCCAACAGCCACCAUGGCUCCCAGCAUACCUUUCUCUACCCCUUUGCUCGGGACAUUGUCAGUUGGGCCUGGAUUUGUUCCUGCCGCCUCUUUUUCAGAAAUGUAUUCCCAGCCUUUGGUUUCUGGCCUGGACAGCUUUUGUUCCUCUUUAACUACUUUCUCAAUCAGUGAUUCCAAAAGAGAUAUACCCAAUUCUGUUCCUAGAGAUGUCACGUCAGCGUUAAACAGUAAUUCUCCACUUCGACUUAUGAAUGGGCCUACAAGUUUGUUUGGGUCCGAGAACUACAUUGGGAUAUCCAGCCCAGGUCGAAAUGACUAUUCUAGCGUGUUUGGCAGUGGACCCCCUAGUAUACCUGUGUCAACAACGCCCUCUCUAGUUGCAAGAAAUCCUCUGGAAAACACACAUGAGCUAAGACAGGCCUGCCAGUCGUGCUUUAUCAAAAAGGGUCCAAAAGUAUUGGAUUAUACUUACCUUCCCAGUCUAGAGCACAUGUGUAAGAAGGAUAUCUUAGUAGGUAGAAUAAAGAACUCUGAAGAUAAAUCAUGGAAGAAAAUUAGGCCACGGCCAACAAAAACACAGUAUGUGGGACCGUAUUAUAUAUGUAAAGAUGUUGCUGCCGAAGAGGAGUGCAGAUAUCCUGGCCAUUGCACUUUUGCUUACUGCCAAGAAGAAAUAGAUGUUUGGACUCUGGAACGCAAAGGGGCCUUCAGUCGCGAAGCUCUCUUUGAAGGCAGUGGAGAGAUCAGGUUGACCGUGUCCCGGCUCUUGCAGGAACAUCACGGGCAGUUCAUGUUUCUUUGUGAGAAAUGUUUUGAGCAUAAACCAAGAAUAAUAAGCAAAAAUAAGGAUAACGCCUCUUACUGCUCUCAUCCUGCUAUGCACGACUUUGAAGACAACAAGUGCCUUGUCCACAUUCUGCAGGAAACAACAGUAAAGUAUUCUAAGAUACGACCUUUUCACGCUCAAUGUCAGCUAGAUUUGUGCAGGCAUGAAGUUCGUUAUGGCUGUUCACGGGAUGACGAGUGUUUCUACGCUCACAGUCUUGUAGAGCUCCAAGUGUGGAUAAUGCAGAGUAAGACAGGUAUUUCUCAUGAGGCUAUUGUUCAAGAAUCAAAAAAAUAUUGGCAGGCUAUGGAGUCUAAUGCACAUGGAGCACAGGUUCUCAGCAGCCAAGUGAAGCACGGAUCUCUGAAUUUGAAAAUGAAGUUUGUGUGCGCACAGUGCUGGAGAAAUGGCCAAGUUAGUGAGCCAGACAAAAACAAGAAAUACUGUAGCGCAAAGGCAAGGCAUCCAUGGACCAAAGAUCGCCGGGUGAUGCUGGUGAUGUCAAACGAGCGUAAGAAGUGGAAUACGAUUCGCCCACUUCCUACAAAGAAGCAAGUGCCUUUGCAGUUUGAUCUGUGCAAUCAUAUUGCAUCGGGCAAGAAAUGUCAGUAUGUCGGAAACUGCUCCUUUGCUCACAGUCAUGAAGAGCGAGAAAUGUGGACUUAUAUGAAGGAGAACGGCAUUCAAGACAUGGAGCAGUUGUAUGAAAUGUGGCUGAAGAGCCAAAAGCCGGAAAAGGGGGAGGACCCAGCUGCUCAAGCAAACAAGGAAAAUGGGAAGCAAAUUCACAUGCCAACAGAUUAUGCUGAAGUUACGGUGGACUUCCAUUGCUGGAUGUGUGGGAAGAACUGUAACAGUGAGAAACAAUGGCAAGGCCACAUCUCCUCAGAAAAGCAUAAAGAGAAAGUAUUCCACACAGAAGAUGACCAAAACUGCUGGCAGCAUCGCUUUCCAACUGGCUAUUUCAGCAUUUGUGAUAGGUAUAUGGCUGGUACUUGUGUGGAGGGAAACAACUGUAAAUUUGCACAUGGACCUGCUGAGCUCCGUGAAUGGGAAGAACGGAGACACGUUCUAAGAAUGAAGCUGAGCAAAGCCAGAAAAGAUCACUUGAUUGCUCCAAAUGAUAAUGACUUUGGAAAAUAUAGUUUUUUGUUUAAAGAUUUAAACUAACACUAUAACAAUGCAUUUGUGUUGCCAGAAGGAAGCAUAAAAUCAGAAUUUGACAAUAAUCAAAAGCAUGUGACAGAAGCUGCAGAUUUUUUCUGCUUUUAUUGGCCUGUAUUGUUCCUCCUGAAGAACAAAAUGUAGUAGAUGUGUAGGGGGGGAGUCGGCAGGUCUGUCUGUGCUCUCAUGAAACAGAAUGGUGAAGUUAUAAUAAAAACACAACCUGAAGUCUUACGUGCUUAUUCGCCUUCUGUUGGACAGAAGAAAGUUGGAAAGUAACGGGAAGGGUGGUAUUGUAAUGCCUAGCAAGCCCCUAGUGUUGGUCCUUCAGCUGAAAACUUUUUAAGGUAAGCUUCUAAAAACAGAUGUUUUGGGCUCAGAAGAAAAUGAUGGAUAAAAUUCUUCAGAUGUUUUAAUGGAGAGGAUUUGUUUAAAACAAGUUUGCUAUUUAUCUCUAUGUAGGUUGCUAUAAUAAAAGGAUUUUCUUAUUAAAAGAUUUAAAGCAAAAUAACCAUUUAACUACAAUAUAUGUUGAAUGGGGUAUUUUUCUCUAUUUGUAUGUUUCAAUAUAACUUGCUGAAAAGGAUAUUGGAAGAGAGACACGUAUUACUUUUUUUUGAAAAUCAAGUAGUUAAAAAUUCUGUUUCUUGGUCUUUGCUGUUUAAAUGAUGAUUUUGAAAGAUUCCACUUGUAUGUCAGUAUUGUGUAUUGUAUGGACCAAUAUUGCCUGUAAUAAAGAUAACUUUACAUAAA